UAAAGCUAACGCUAACACAUCGAGCGUGAGGCGGAGGCAGCUGAGCGCUGGGGCUCCGGUUAGGGCACAACAGGAGACACGCUAGUGGUCACACAGAGAGAUCGCUUGUGUUUGUAAGUAAACUGCACACAAGGCGGAGUUUGUGUCGCCACCGAUCGGAAGAAUAACACCGAUGUAAUGAUGCUAAGCUAGUUAGCGUGCUAGCUUUGUUUAGGUUUAACAGUAUAAAGUUAUCCAGUGGCGACGCGAGUAAAAGUGCGUGUGGAGUUCGAAGCUGCACCGUUCAUGUGACCAUCAUCUGGGGUUUCUGAGGCAUUUUGUGCGGUGAACGCGCGGUGAGAAGCUCCGGCCCUGAACACAGCAGUGUGCGGAUUAAAGUGCGGCGCUAACACAGCCUCCGUGGUGAAGUUGGGAGCUCUGAGUGAAGAGCCAGACGCUGGACGGCUCAUGACUUCAGACCAGGAAGGGAAAGAUCUAGCUGAGCCAAAGGAACAGCAGGGGCAGGAAGUGAAGAAGAAAGAGAUUCCUCUUUUGGAAUCCAACAAGGUCUCUGAUCUAAAUCCUAACGCAAAAGCAUGGGCCAGUUAUAUUCCUAACCAGGAAGCAUGUGGAUCCACCUACUGUCUCCAACCAUGGACCAACUCCAGUGACACAGCAAACACUGGCUCACAAGGACUUGUGCCUAGCAAUGAUUGUGACAAAUGGAAUGAUGUACCACAAGCACCUGUGUCAGUAGGACUGCCUUCAGCAGAGCCACCGAAACCCGUGGACAUGGAAACAGCAGACAAUCAGUUACCACCUGGCUUACAGCAAGACGCCAACAAAAAGGGUGGUGAUGGCUUAGAUUCUUCCAAGCAACUAGAAGACCUCAGAGAGCAGCUGAAGGCUACGCUGGAGUUUUGUCUUUCUAGGGAGAAUCUUGCCAACGACAUGUACCUCAUCUCUCAGAUGGACAGCGAUCAGUACGUCCCCAUUGUGACUGUAGCUAAUCUCGAUCAGAUCAAGAAGCUCAGCACGGAUAUCGAUCUUAUUGCUGAUGUUUUAAAGACACUUCCUCUUGUGCAAGUGGAUAAAUGUGGUGAGAAAGUGCGACCCAAUCAGAAUCGCUGCAUCGUUAUCCUAAGAGAGGUGCCUGAAGCCACGCCUAUUGAGGAAGUGGAAUCCCUGUUUAAGAGUGACAAAUUGCCCAGAUUUGUCCAUUGUGAAUUUGCCUAUAACGAUAACUGGUUCAUCACAUUUGAGUCCGAAGCAGAUGCACAGCUGGCAUAUCAGUAUCUUCGAGAGGAAGUCAAGAUUUUUCAAGGAAAGCCUAUAAAAGCGAGGAUCAAAGCCAAAGCCAUCGCAGUCAACACUUUUGUGCCAAAAAAUGGAUACAGGCCUGUGGAUAUGUCCCCAAACAUGCAGCAGCGCUACACCUCCUACUACGUCCCGCCUGCAUUUGGGGCACAGCAACAGUUUCCCCCUUUCUACAGACUGGUCACUCACCAGGGCUGGUCUACGACACAGGGCUACUUGGAACCCAGUUUGGUUACUCCAUUCACUAAUCCUGGAUUUAUCAACGGCUUUGCUGGAUCUCCCACUUUUAAAUCAGCCACUGCACCUUUAACUGCCAGAGUUUACCAACCAAGGAACCGGAACCAGAAUAAGAGCCACUCGCGACCCUCUGCACCAGUCACAGAACGAGGGACUGCCUUGUUGGAGAACCCCAGUUCCUUCACCAACUCCACAGAGCGUGUUCCCAACGGGACCCGAGCACCACACACGCAUCAGCCGGGCAGCCAGCCGAGAUUAUCCGGUGCUCAGAGUUACUCUCGCAGGGAGCAGAUUGGGAGCGGACGCAUGGAGAUGAAUGGAGCAGAUUAUUCACCUGUCAUGGGGAGAGGAAGGAGAAAUGGCUACGGCUACAAGAAAAGGAGGGACGAUAAGUUUUCAAAAGCACCCACUCAGUCACCCCCUCCAGCCCAGGAACGUGCCCCGUCUCCAAGUUUCGAGCUGGGACUGUCAAGUUUCCCUCCCCUGCCUGGAGCUGCUAGAAAUCUCAAACCUGAAGUGAAGCCUGAGAACAGCCUGGAGAGCCGACUGUCUGACAUUGUGACUGGAGUGGCUAAAGACAAGCCUGUAAAUAAGGAAGCAGUGAGCAGCAGUGUGACUUCAGGAACCCACAGAGAACCGACACAGACCGUUCCCAAUCCUGUUCCUCAGCCUGCAGUGGAACAGCAGAACCCAUUGUCUCCCACCUACAAACUGAGCUCCUUAAAGGUACCUGAAGUAAAGCUUAAGGAAAUGACCUCGGCUGUAGAGAGGCCUACAGUAACUGACCCUAAAAGUCAAGUCCAAGUUACUCCAACUACAGAGCACCGGAAGCCGAGUUAUGCUGAAAUCUGUCAGAGGAUACGGGAGGCGCCGACCCAGCAGCCACUAGUUGAGUCCAAACCAACCGCCACUGCACCUCCUUCCACAGAAGAACCCGCCUCACUCGACUCUGCAGAACCGAAAUGCAAAGAAUCUCGGCCCGUGUCUGCAAAACCUGCUCCUCACCGAGCACCUCAGUGACGCAGCACCUCAGUCCUGAGAGCCUCGUCUCUCAGCUCGGCCCGACACGGCUGCACAUGCACAUAAUGAACACUGAAAUCAGGGCCUGCACAUGACAGCACUCAUGGAAGCAUGAGGGUUCUCAGUUCUCUCUACUUUUACCCUGUUUUCAUUUACCAUGUGUUUGAGUUUCAUUUAUGAGAUGUGAAGGUUUUUGGCAUCGUUGUUGGACAGUGGAAUACAUCAACCUACAGGGAUGAAGUUUUUUUUUUUUUGCCCAGAUAUUGAGGAUUUUGUUUGUUAAAGACUAAAGUAGUGCUGGUGGAGAGUACAGACUGAAAGUAGUACUGAUCUGAAUAUUCAGACUUUUUGUUUUCUUUCAUACAUCAGAAUGUAUAUAAUUUUGUAACCCCAGUGUACUGGCACUAACACACUGGUCUGAUUCUGUUUCUCUUUUCUACACUGGGCUGAACAUUCGUAGCUGUGAUGCUGGUGUGUUUCAGUCUGAUUUGUGUUUAGUUUUUAUUAAUUGAGUUGCCACUGGAGUAGAGUUCUGAUCUCAUUAUUUUUUUUAAAACUGGCACAAACAUGAAUAUUUUUUCCCCUUUUUUUUAAUCAUUUGUACUGAUGUGGUAAAGUAGCUGGCGUAACUGUUACCUUGUCCUGUGUGCAUGCGAUAUUUCUUUUUUUAACACUUUUAAUAUUUUCUCCUGUUCCUGUAUUGCUUUAGAAGUUUCUGAGGCUGUGUGUAAGAGAUGAUCCUACUGAUGCAUCAUCACACCUUAAAACAUAACAGUCAAAAAAAGUUUCUGGAUCUGACCUGACUCACACCACACAUUUUCUGAUGUGUGUGUGUGUGUGACUGUGUUCUGAGCAGGUGAGGUGCUCCACCUCCACAAGUUCUGUUCUCAGUAAGAGGAACCAUUGAGCAGAAUCAUGUGUUUGACUUUGUGUCUAUAAAACAUUAUUUACUCCCUCAGUCAUCUACAGUCACAGACGGUAUUUCACACGUACGUCAGGUCUCUUACUGAAACGUCUCGUGUUUAAUCUGUCACAUGUUCAGUUUGUUCUCAGAUCCUGAUGGAUAUUUUGUUUGUUUUUUUGGCAGAGAACCCAAUCCUGUGUUUUUGUCUGUGUGGAGCUCAUCACACUGCUCAGACUUUCUGUUAUUCUGCUGAACUCUAACCUGCCAUUUCAGAUGUAAUGUUUAGUCUUUAAUCUAGUCAUCAUCACCAUCAUCACCACAAACUUUAGUACGAUCAGAAACACCAUCAUUAUUUAACAUUUGCUCCACAAACAUUUUUUAUUUUAAACUUGACAAAUGUCUCUGCCUUAACUUUUUUUAGAAGCAUGUUUGCAGUUCAUUUCAGAUGUAAAAGGCUGAUGUGGUUUAGGGAAAGUUUUCAGCCUGACUUACUGCGUUUCUGUAGCACAAAACUCCUGGGGUUAAAGGGGUUAAAUUCUGUUUAUCUGCUGUUUUUCUUUUCUUUUCUUUCAUUUGUGUGUAAAAUGCUUCUGGUCAGAACUGUAAUGUGUGCACUUGGAAUUGUGUGCGUUCACUGUACAGAUGUAAAUAAUAGGGGAAAAAAAAAAAGGUACCAUAAAUUGGUUAAGAGCAAGAUGUAUUAAAAUAAAUGUGGAUGAGAAACUGGA